UGUUCAACCAUUGUCAGUCGCGCUGGCAUGCGGACGACGUGGACAAGUGGACGGCCACUGGGGACUUCGCCUAUCGUCCUGCUACAGAUGCAUCGCAUGCUUGUGCUCAUCUUGUGUAUCCUCGCAGUGGCGUCGGUGGCCUCUGCACAAGUAUCAGACUACGCACCACCAGCCACGGUGGUCGAGGGCAGUGGCACAGCGGCAGCCGCUGCCAUGCAAAGCUUGCACGCAACGUUGCGUGCAUUCGAAGCAAAACAAGCCGUGCCAAAGCCAUUGCCCCAGUCCCACAACGUGGAUCUAUGGCUCGGUGGCAUCCAGUACAAGUCGCGGAUGUCUCCGCAGUGGACGGACGAGGUCACCGGACGUCGGUUGCGUCUGGCCACUGGGUUUGGUCGUCGCGAUGUGGUGGUGGAACCAAGUCGAACCUUCGGCGGGGCUAGCUCACCUUCAUGGCGUGUGCGGCCAUUCCGCGAGUAUGGGUUUGGCGAGAGCCAAGUGGUGCGGGUGUCGCCUAGUGGGUUGGACUUUGGCGUCCAGGAAGCAUGUAUCCCGUCGCUGAUGACCGUCGAAUUCUCGUAUCGCGCCGACACGCUGGACGAUGGAGGUGUAGCCAAUGACGAUAGCACUUCACCCACCAACUCCCUGACCGAACAGCUGCCACUCGAAAUCCAUGGCAUCCACAUCCAGGACAAGCAGUUCCUUCUUGCCGAAGUGUUCGCUCCCAUAACGUUGUCGCCCGGCAGCGUCCACACAUUCCACGUCCUCUUCCUUCCGCAUCGACACAGCUCCACCACCAUCCAUUCCGCCAUGACCUUCCAAACGUCCCUUGGUGAUGUCCCGUACCCGCUGCGGGGCUCUGGUGUUCCGAACAGGUACCGCGUGUCCGAGUUCAAGGCGUCGAUUGCAGCCGGCGUACAGUUCGACCCUACCAUUGACCUGUACAACCCCCACCCCCAGAUGUUGCGCGUGACUGAAGUGUUUACCACCGAAGGGUUCUUACACGUGGAGUUGCCCAAGGUACCACCGUCGCCGCCGCCGCCUGCUCCUCCAUCGCCACCUAGGAAUGGUUCACAUGCUGACAACCAUGAGCCAGUCCAUUCUAACCACGACCUUCCACCCAAUCCCAUCGGUUUAUGGGAGAUUGAACCCGCUACAAUGCGUCCUGUGAUGCAGCUGUCUUUCGUAUCGUCCACACCAGGAAUUUACACUGCCUACGUGAGAAUAGAGACUGACUACCACAAUUUGAUCGUGCCAGUGGAGCUCACAGUCUUGUCCGAGGGGCUACAUCUGGGAGCCACUCAUUUGAAUUUUGGCAUAUUGGUCAAUGACGACGAGGAGCACCACAUUGCACUGGACUUUAUCAACACGGGCCAUACCACCGUCCUGAUCCAAGGCGUGAGUUUGCAGUCACCUGAUAGCCACAUUUCCGUCAUCAUUCAGGGCUCCCAUGCCGUCGCGCCCAUGUCUAGAGUACAGCAUGGGAUGGUCGUGUCCUUUGGCAGCACCGCCGACGCCGGCACGUUUACCGGCAAUCUGAUAGUGCACACAAACGACACCUCGGGUUCUGGGCCAGACAUUUGGUUAAACUACACAGCCACCAAAGUGAACGGUGGCCUCGCAUUUGCCCCAGAAGAUGUGCAGUUUACGUCGUGCGGGGGUGCGGGGCGGGGGCUCGUGCUGACGAACCAUUUCGACACGCCCGUGGCCAUCGAAAUGGUGCAGCUGGUGCAUCCGUGGUUGUUUGCUCUGCACAACUUUACCGGCAACGCCACCGCCGACGCCGGCGCAUCCUGGCCACCCAUUUACUUUGAUUGUGUCGUGUUGAUCAACGAUAUUCCCGUUACAAGUCCCGUACGAACUCACACGACGUCGCACUUGCUCGUUCAAACCAACGUCUCCCGUCACGUCGUGCCUCUCGUACUGUCAUCCAAUCGAUUGACGUUGGAGACCAAACAUCGUCGAUGGCAGGCUGUCGUGGUUCAAGAAGAGGAUGUGAACAGCAGCACGUCCCUGCCUAGACGGGGCUUCCGACUGGAUUUGGGCAAUGUAUCGUUAUCUAGACAUGUUGCAGUCAACUUGACCAACUUUAACCCGAAUACCAUUGCCAUCCACAGCAUUGUGCCUCAUUUGCCAUCUGUAGAGGUGUAUCUGGAACGUCCAACUCCGCACUUGGCCGCGUCUGUGAUAGCGUACGAAUGGGUGUCUGCUGCCCCCCCCACCGAGGGUGACGACGACGACGACGGCAUUACCACCUGCGACAACGUUACGUCAACAUGUAGACGUCCGUCCAACUCGUCACACUUUGACGCCCCUCUGUCGUCCACGUCAACCAACAGUGCCUCCAUCCCCCCCGGUUUUGCCCUUCCCAUGAUCCUUCACAUCACGCCGGCGUCAACACCGUUGAUCGAUGUGCUAGCGUACACGAUUUCCACGGCCUACGAAACCAUCGACGUAUACCUAUCAUACGCCCCUGUCCAGGGAACCAUCGCCCCCACCCGGCGCCAGCUCCGUACAACCUCCCCCUUAUACCCCGGUCGCGCCGAAGUGGUCCCCCUGCAGGUCGACAGCUCGUUCAAUUUUGCCGUGCCUAUCACGGCCAUCCGAGUGUCGGACCGCCGCGUUCAAGUACUCAGCCAAGCCGCAGAACUCAAGCCCAACGCCACCACCGUCAUGGCACAGCUCAUCGUGUCCCCAGCGUACGCGUUCGGGUGCGCGAGUGCCGACAAGUUUGCCGACUGCAUGCUGCCGGCGCCGAUCGGUUCUGGAGUUGUAGGAGGGGGUGGUACGACGACGAGGAGGACGAGGUCGCUGUCGACAUUUGGCCAACCAGUGACCCAAACCGACGUGGACGCACACUUUCAACGCCUCGAGCGCUUUUCCCACUUGCAAGGGGACGACUCGAUAGUCGAGGUAAAAGUCGUCGUGUACACGGACUUGGUCGCCGUCGCCCCUGUGAUUGUGCGCAUGUCGUUGGCGCGGCCGCGGCUACUCGUAGCCAUUGCUCGAACGGAACCAGCUAGUACUACUAGUCGUACGACUAGGAUUGGUACUAGCGACGACAGAAACGACAUUGACGUGCCCCUCACGCACGUGGGCCACGUCACCAAAGUGUGGCUAUCGGUGACGAAUCCGUCCAACGUGACGAUAGACGUUGGGUUGGCCUUGCUGGCAUCCCCCCCCUCCUACUCAUCUGAACAAGAAGAGUUUAACAAGAAAGAAGGGAGUGGGGGACGACGAAUAGGAGGUAGCGGCGGGUUCUACGCGUGUCCGAGCCAUUCCAAACAGAGGGUGACGGCAACGACGGCCUCCUCUUGCAAAGAUGCAUGGACGUCCGCGGUGACAGCAGCAGCAGCUUCUACUCUGUCGUCGUCGCCUCCAGCUCGCGAGCCCGUGGCCGCGUUCUUUUUAUCGGCGACGCACAAACCGAGGUCGUUGGCGCCCGGGGAGACCGUGACGUUGGGCCCAAUCUUGUUUGCCCCGACGGCUGCCAUCGAGUUUGUCGGGCGGGUGUACCUUCGCAACACACUGAGCCAUAUUGAACCGAUCGUGGUGCGGGGCAUGGGCGGCCAAGGACAUGUCGUUGUGCGCAACAACGUCGUGUUGGAAUCCCGUGCUGAUUCGUAUGUGACGAUUCUACUCGAAAACGACGGCAAUGUGCCGCUAGUCGUGUUUGGGUGGAGCUGUCCCCGUUGUCGAGUAUGCGACGACGUUGACGACGACGCAAGUAGCGGGUUUUGCGUGCAAGUUGCAGAAGAUCUUAUCCCCCUGGAGGUAGCCCCCCACGGGCCCCCGUUGGCCCUGAACGUAUCGUUCGUGUCGGCAUGCUCGUUUUCGGUUGAAAGGGAGUCCAUGGUGUGGCGUACAUCGGCAGGUGACGUGGCAGUACCCCUGCACGGCAUUGUAACCGACUUGGAUCAGUGUCUUGGAACGACCCGUAUGUCGUACCUGUACAGGGGGUUUCGGUGGCUUGUGUGGACAUUGUUUGCCCUAGUGGCGAGUCAAAUCAUGCACUACACGGUGCAAAUCGUAUGGAUCGACUGGCACUCGCCGCCUGCUGACACGAGCUUUGGGUGGUCCCCCCCCCCUCAUAUUGAUUCAAACCACCUUCGACCACCUCCACCACUAUCUUCAAUGUCUUCAUUUCCCCUCGACCCAGUCGAUGACUCGUUGCUAGCAGACCAACUCCAAGCGAUUGAAACCCAAGUAUUGGACAGCUUUACGUUUGCCCCGAUUCGAAGCCCUGCUGUUCAACGUCUGCUCGAUCAACGCAAGGCGGUGGCGGCGGCUUUGAAAGACGCACCACUCAAGAAGAAGUCCAAGAUGAAGAAACCAGUCGCGCCGCCGUUGUCGUCCCCCAUAGUGAAAGAAGCCACGGAGGAGGGGGACGCCAAGCUAGUGCUCGAGGCCACCGACGACGCAGAUCGAGUUCAGUUAGCGGCGUCAGGUGGGGAAGUGAUGUCGCACCCAAAGACUAGUGUCACGGUGAAAGUGGCAAAGGACGAUGCGGAUAUGUCGACUCUGCUAGAGUCUGCCCCGCCCCUUGUGCCGAAUAAUUGUGAGACUGGCACGGCACACGACAACGAGACAACAUAUGUGCAAGGUGGAUGGGCAAAAGAUGGUCAGGUGCAGCCAGAUAUGGACACGAAUAGACGAGACACUGCAGUGGUGGCUCAUGGAGGCUUGGGAAAUGCUGCGGUGUUCCCGAGUACAUCCCAGCGAGUCGUCGGAUGGGUGGCCGAGCUGUCGAUGCAAGAUGGGGAUGGAGGUCAAGAUGAAAACGAAGGUGGUUUUGCUGUCACUGCAAUCGACACUACCACCACCAGCGAUGAAGACAACAACAAUGUUCUUGAACUUGAUCAAGAUGAUCAUUUUGGCGACUACGUUGCGAAGGAACGUGACGUGGGCGGGAUGGAGCAUGCACCACGUUUCGACGCAGACGGGGAUGACGUUAUCGCCGUCGGGGGCGACGAAGAUGACGUUAUCGAGGAUGGCGACCGCAUGGAUUCGGUGGACCUAUCAGUCGACACCACCUCGUCGUCGUCGUCGUCGCGGACGGACCCCCACGACGACGAUGACGUUAUUCUAGACAACGAUGACGUUAUCGCUGCACUGGACCCAUUUCCACGUUGGUCGACCAACGACUCGGCGUUUGUCGAGUGUAUGAACCGCCACAACACGAUUGCGAUGGACGAAAUCGAUCAAUUGAUGCAAGAAAUACACAACGAGACGCAGGCCGUCGUUCCACGCGAGCACGCUCUGGACGGUGCCACGUCAUGGACGUUGUCGCCCGAUCCGCAUCGCCAUCGCCCGUCGGCGUCCUUCCCGCCGCCUCCCGGCUUUAGCGCCGCCGACGCCGACCCACUCGCCGUGUCCCAGGCGUAUUCUGAAAUGCGCCUAUUGCAUCCCCCUUGUCCGUCAUGGGACACUAACGCGUUCAGGGCCCCGCCGAUGCCACCGUCCUACUUGCCAGGCCGCCAUCACCGCCCAGGUUUCAUCGGGUCCCAUCGGCAACCCCCGACUACCACUCCUGUCGAGUCACCACACGCAUAUCAAGAGUGUCCUCCCCAGCAGUCGAUGGUCAGAAGCCUGGCGACCCGAAAGGUCGCGGUAGAUAGCUUCCGCGCCGAGAGUUUGCACUCGGAAUCGUCGUCCCCCAUGCUGCCAGACGGGCAGUUUUCGUUCUGGUAAAAUAAUACUAGUAUACUACUACGUAGUAGUAGUAGUAACUAAAGGUACUAAAGGUGAUGUGUCGAUAGGUUGUGUUGUUUCGCAUGGAAUUGUGUCUCAUAAUAUGAUCAUGGAAUUGUGUCUCAUAAUAUAAUCA